UAUAAGAGCUGGAGAACAACAGUACCUUUUCGCGAAAAUAGCAAAGCCACCGCCCACAGAGAAUGAAGAUGAUGACUGGAUUCGGGCGAUGGGGACCUGGGACCCGAACGCCGGCCGAUUUGUUCGCUAUCAGUUCACGCCACAAUUAAAAUUGCGGACAGUAGGUGCAACGGUGGAGUUUACAGUGGGGGACAAGCCAGUCAACAAGUUUCGCAUGAUCGAGCGACACUUCUUCAGGGAGCAGUUGCUUAAAAGCUUCGACUUCGAGUUUGGCUUCUGCAUCCCGAACAGCAAAAACACGUGCGAACAUAUAUAUGAGUUCCCACUGCUAGACUCUGACGUGGUGCAAGAUAUGAUUGAUCGACCGUACGAGACCAAGUCGGACAGCUUCUAUUUCGUUGAGGAUAGGCUUAUCAUGCACAAUAAAGCGGACUACGCUUACAAUGGCGGUCAGCAGCAACUCUGAGGCUUCAUCUCUUCGGGUCAUACCUAAAUGUGCUUCAUCUGUCCGCGGAGAGUCCUCAACCGUAUAGGUACCAAUUAACAGGGUAUUACAUGCUGCACCAGUAUUUCCCACCUAUUGCAAUAUUCGGUGCAUACACACGCUGCAUUCCCAGGUACCACAGAGCAAGCAGUAGCAAAAUUAGGUCAAUCUAAUCGUUAAUUGAAGGUGCAUUGUCACCCGACUUGCGUACCAGUGUAUAACUCCCUCCCGCCAGUACCAUCAGCACCCCCCCGAGUAAUGCUACUGUAUAUAUUUAAUUAUUGUGUCAAUGGUGUGUUCCACGUAUGAAAGGUGAAGCAAGGGGAGUGAACGUUAUCCUUUUCAUUCCAUCUAAUAAUGCUUAGUCAGCAUUGGUAAGAUGAGAUAUAUCGCUAGAUGGAUAAGGAUGUGAGCUACAGUGUACAUAGUGCGUACUGCGUUUACAGUAUACAUUCAGGAUUGCCGUGAGAAUACGCAUCCUGUCCUAAAUUCAUUGGCCAUACUUGGUGGUCAUGGUGAAAUGACAGCCAUUAGCGGGUCAAUAAUCGUAUUGCAGCUUUUAUAACCUCUUUUAAGGCACAUGAAAUGUACUUUCUGCUGAUCUAUGAAGUGUUAUUGUGUUGUCAUCUGUCGACCCUGAAGAGGGCUAAACUUGAUUUAUUUCCCACCAUUUCUUCAUAAGCUCAAGAAGCCAUAACUAGUGCAGUUUAUCACUGCGUUCAACGUGAAAAAGUCACCAUCUCACGAUAAAAUGCUAAAAUCUAUUAAAUGUGAAAUAAGAUCAGAGCACCUGAA